UUGGCAAAGAACAAAAACAGCAAGGUACGGUAGCUAAAGAUCCAUGCCUAUAUCAUGUAAUCAUUUGGCUUUUUAACCAUUCGAAUUAGAAUAAAUAUAGCAUUUACGAUGUGCGUGAAAGGACAUGUUUCCUGUCGGAAUGUUUAGAUAGACAGGAACUUCAGGACUUCCGGAUUCUGUCCUUGGCUGGAGAACGAUGAUUUUCCCGGAGUUUUCAAAUGGAAAAAACGAAUGCUAUAAAUUGUCAAAGACCCUGUGGAUAUCCUGAGUUAGUUGAAAUAAUAUUUUCGAGUUAUUGCCGCGAAUCGAACGUCUACUUGAAAGAUGUUUGAUAUCCUAACAGUAGUAUCAUGUCCACACUGUCGUCGACUGGUUAGCCAGACAACAACAAUGUUGCAUGCAUGGUAGCAAAGACAGUAGCUUGAAUUUGUUAGUUAGCAUUAUCAGUGCCACCAAGAACAAAUAGAAUAAUCGCUUAUAACGUUAACGUUAUUAGCUAGCUAUCAAGCUUAAUAACUAUUGUUACUAGAUUUCUGACAUCUACUCAAGCCUGUUCCAGCUAGCUACUGAAAUCAUAGCUAGUUAGCUUGCUAGCUCGCCAGUUAAUAGUUGGCUUGUGCUUCUUCAUAAUAAUUUGCUGCCUGUGUCACGAAUUCAUUGGCAAACUUACUCACGGUCCCUUGUCGACGUGUACUAUUUCCAGUUAAACAGGCCAACUUUUGUUAGUGGGCAAACUUUGUUAACGUUGGCUAAUUGUUUUGUCAGGGGCUUACAUUAGCGCUGAAAUGCGUUGCCUUGUCCGCGCAUGCUCAUGCAUACAUAAGUUGUCACGACGAAGCUUGCCUGCCGUCAGGGGACUUAAACGAUGGCCAUAAAACUCAGCUAGCUAUAUAACUAUGAGAGUAGGAUGGACUCUCUGGGUAUGAGGGGCCCAUCCUAAACCAGGACUCCCUACACAGUGUGCUGAAUGCUGUUCCUCGUGGACUGACAGUGGGCCCCUCUCUAGCAAAUGAUGGCCAGUUGGGGCUCUGGUGUGUAGGACAUGCUCUGCAGAAAGGGAUUCUUCUGGGCGUGGAAGACCAAAGCAACACCUUUGACCAAAGUGAAGACUUUACAGAGAGCUUGAUGGAAGAAGCAUAUCAGACGAUAAUCAAUGGGCAUCUUUGGGACAGGUGCUAUUGGAUUAGAUUUGCCUGUAAUGCAAGGAGAAAGGAUGAACAGAAUGUUACUGUUCAUGAGGUGGAUGGAAGUCUCUGUCUAAGGGCCUGCAAAGACAUCAACCCAGGGACAGAACUUCUGCUUUGGAGUUUCCUAGCUGAUCCUCUGGAACACGAUGGAAGCCAAGGAGGGUCACUAACAACACCAGGCAAACCUCGCAAACAAGUUACACCUCGCAAGUCCAGAGAGGAUGGAUCCCCAGGUGUAAACUCCACGGAGCAAGAGCUCAAGCUCACAGAGCCUGAGGAGCACACUGAAGAUUCAGACAUGUCAACUUCUCCACUGGGGUCUACAAAGUCUAUGGUGGUGGAGGAGGAGAAAAGCCAGACUGGAAUCAAAAGGAGCAAACCUCUUAUCUACAAAAUGAAAAAGAGAUGUGUGAGAGACUCUCAUUCCAGUGGUGAGAAAACAGUGGAACAGAAUGGAGAAGUUGACUCAUGCAAAAUAAUAAAAACAGAAAGUUUCAUUCCGGAAAGAACCAAUGUGCCACGCUCUAAUGAGGACAAACGUGUGAGGCCUGCAGACGAGCCUCCAAAGAGCAGUGAAGAACCAGGUAAUGUGGUAAAACAUCUCCAGGAGGAGCAGUGGCCACAGGUUGUCAGGGCCAGUUGCAGACUGGCUGCGAAACCCAGGAAGGUGCAUUCAUUAGUCAGCUGCAUCCACAAGCGUCUUCAAGGGCGCAAAAACAGGUAUCUUGAUCGUCAAGUGACACUGGAGAUUACGUCCAGAGUUGGUGAUGAAAAUGGACAAGCUUGCCAAGAAACAGAUAUAACGGAUAGAGAAAAUAUAAGCUCAGAUGAAAUCACAAAGGAUAGUGACAAAGGGGGAAAGAAAGACCCAGAGGAGCUUAUGACAGCUCCAGACCUCUUUAACACCAGGGAAAGGAGGUAUACAUGUGACAAGUGUGACAAGAGUUUCUUUCAGCUCUGUCACCUGAAGAAGCACAAAUUCACCCACUCGGACCUAAAGCCUUACUUAUGCACAGAGUGUGGUAAGAAUUACAGCUCCCAAGAGAACUUCAGGGCCCACCUUCUGAUGCAUAAGGGAGAGAGGCCAUUCAAGUGCCAGCAGUGUGACAAGAGCUAUGGCCUGAAACGAGACCUGAAGGAGCAUGAAGUUCUCCAUACAGGAGAGAGGCCUUUCGUCUGCGAUAUCUGUGGGAAGGCUUUUGCCCGUCGGCCUUCACUACGUAUUCAUAGGGAGGCCCACCGCGCUAAGGAAGAAAAUUACCACGCUCCUAAGCUCAAGUGCCCUGUCUGCGAUAAAGAACUGGCCAAUUCGGGCUCCCUUAGGAAUCACAUGCGCUUGCACACAGGAGAACGGCCUUAUGCAUGUCCCCACUGCAAUAAGACAUUCCGACAGCGGGGGAACCUUUUGGGGCACCUACGCAUCCACACAGGGGAAAAGCCUUACAAGUGCAACCAUUGUAAUCAGUGCUUCUCACAGGUGCCUGAACUCCGCAGACACCUCAUAUCACACACAGGGGAAGUCUACCUCUGCCCUAUAUGUGGCAAAGCCUUGCGGGACCCCCACACCUUGCGUGCCCAUGAACGUUUACACACAGGGGAGAGACCUCACAAGUGUGAGGUGUGUGGGAAGGCCUACACAAUGGCCACCAAGCUACGCCGCCACAUGAAGUCCCAUCUUGAGGAGAAGCCCUACAAAUGUCAGACAUGUGGUGCUGGCUACACGCUAAUGCAGAGCCUGGUUCGCCACCAGCUCUCCCAUAAAAAGAGAGAAGAUAGGACAUCUGGGGAGCUAGCUGACGCUCUGGCAGCUCUGGAGUCUAGCCACUCCGCCCCUGCUCGAGGCAGACCUAGAAAGACCCCUCGCAAGACAGAGGUCAAGCCAUGGGUCGAUGUCCCUGAAGAGAACAUGGAGGGUCGGACAGUAGUGUACGUUCAGGCCAUCGAAGACUUAGCCAUGCCUAACUCAGGGGAGGUUAUUGUCAGCACCUAUGACUCAUAUCAUGAUAGUGCUAUAUCUUCUGUGGUAAUAGAGGAAGGGUUGGAACAGGAUGUGGGCCAGAUCCAGCUAAAUGAGAAUGUUAUUGAGAUAAUUGUCUCAGAUUCUAAUGAUAAGUGUAUUGUGGUAAGGGAGCACAAAACACACAGCAACCUGGUGAUUCUACAGGGAGAGGAUGGACUGAGCUCUGUGGCAGAGACAAUAGAGAUAGAAACAGGAGUUUAAAACUGCAAUUCACACCAUUUUGCUUUCUGUUGCUGUUUUUAAAAAAAUCUUAAAAUAAAACCAAGAAUGUGAAUAAAAACUAUAUUUUUUUGCCUGCUAGAUGUACUUUACCUAAAAGAAGACAAUAAGCAGUACUUGGAAAAUACAUUUGUCAUGAAUAUAAGAUAUGUUAUGAUAUCACCAUCAGGAUACUCCAUUUAGAUUACUGGAGAAGGGAGCCAUAGCUGUCAACGAGUUAAAGAUAUCAGCAAAUAUUGACUCCCCUCUGUGGUGGACCUUGUCUAGCCACUAUCUGCUGCAAAUGUUAUUUUCAAGAACUGUACUAAAACUACCUGCCCCCGUAUUUUAGGAAAUAAAUGUCUUAAUGGUUACAAAGAGAAAUCCUCAUGAAUAGUUUGCUUUUUAUAUCUGACCAAAAUAUAUUUGAUCUCUGGAGAAUGUUUAUGAAGGCUUUUUAAAUAGCUUUACUGUAUUUUAACACACUAUUGUAAAUAUGGGCCAUCAACAAGAUGAUCAUUAUUGUUGAAGAUUCCAAUUAAAAGAGAGAAAAUAACACCGCUGUGGUGGCUUUACAACUGUUGUAUGUGUUUUUGAACACGACUUUGACUUUUCACUCUUUAUCCAAUGCGUCAUUCGAUAUUUGGGUGCAAAUAUUUAGAUGGUUGGGACAUGAAUCAACAAACAUUCUGGUUUGGAGCAACUUUAGCGUGUGUUGCUAUGCUUGUCUAUGCAGCUUAGCGGAACACACUAACAUAGUCUAAAAGAGCAGAUAGCAGUAUUUAAAAGGUUGAUUUAUUGUGUAUGUAUUUGACAUUGCCUUGAAUUCUUUAUCAUUUUAUAUUCUACUUGUAAUUACUUAAUAUAUUUUUUCAUAUAAAGUAAUCCAUGUGUAGGCCCUGACAGAAAAUAAACAAUGGAGAAAG